GCCAACGGUAAUGCUUAUGCAAAUGGCGAUGACAAUGCAAUUGGCACCCUUUAUCCCUAACUCGCGACAGGGACAACCCCAAAACCUUAAUUUUCCGAACAAACAUUUAACAGUCGCUUGUUGCUCUCUUCGCAAUUCAGACCUCCUCGUAUCUCAGAGACUUGUCCAUCAAUUCAAUCCCAAGAUUCCCAUAGAGGAAGCAGUUACACCGCCAACAUCAUGGUACACUGACCCCUCUUUCUUCCACCUCGAACUCGAUCGCAUCUUCUACAGAGGCUGGCAAGCUGUGGGAUCCACAGAGCAGAUAAAGGAUCCCCAUGACUUUUUCACUGGAAGAAUAGGAGAUGUGGAAUUUGUGGUGUGUCGAGAUGACAGUGGGAAGGUCCGGGCCUUUCACAAUGUCUGUCGUCAUCAUGCCUCUCUUCUUGCUUCUGGAAGUGGACAGAAGUCCUGCUUUGUCUGCCCUUAUCAUGGGUGGACAUAUGGAUUAAAUGGAACACUUCUUAAGGCGACUAGAAUAUCAGGAAUACGGGAUUUCAAUGUAAAUGAUUUUGGCCUUAUACCAAUCAAAGUAGCUACCUGGGGGCCUUUUGUUCUUCUCAAUUUGGAAAAAGAGAGUCUUUCUCAAAAGGAACUUGAUAGUCAUAAUGUGGCAAAGGAAUGGCUUGGUAGCUGUUCAGAAAUUCUGCAUACCAAUGGAGUUGAUUCUUCACUAAGUUAUGUUUGUAAACGUGAAUACACCAUUGAAUGUAAUUGGAAGGUAUUCUGUGAUAACUACUUAGAUGGUGGCUAUCACGUUCCAUAUGCACAUAAAGGCCUAGCAUCUAGUCUUAAGCUUGAUUCCUAUUCUAUCACAAUGUUUGAAAGGGUUAGCAUCCAAAGUUGUGAAGGCAGCUCAGGGAAAAGCAAAGAGAAUUAUGAUCGGCUUGGAAGAAAAGCUAUAUAUGCUUUCAUUUACCCAAACUUCAUGAUUAACAGGUAUGGACCUUGGAUGGACACCAAUCUUGUACUUCCACUAGGACCCAACAAAUGUCAAGUAGUAUUUGACUACUAUCUUGAACACUCUCUACGGGAUGACAAAGAUUUCAUAGAGAAAAGUUUACAAGAAAGUGAGAAAGUGCAGAUAGAAGAUAUUGUGUUGUGUGAAGGUAUCCAGAAGGGCCUCCAGUCCCCAGCAUAUUGUGUGGGCAGAUAUGCUCCUACAGUUGAGCAGGCCAUGCACCAUUUUCAUUGUCUGCUUUAUGAAAACCUGACAAAAUAAAUUUCAUUGUUUAUUACGGAUAAUUAAUUACUGGAGCAACCAAUAAGAACAGAAUUCAAUACUUGCACUGGGUGUAUGACUGAAUUUGAAAUUGAUGCAUGUCAUGUAAAUAGUACGCUAGAGAGGUUUUUGUUAUUUUGAAUAAAUAUCACCUAUG